AUGAAGGAUGACCUGAGGUAUGGAAUGUGUCCUCUCAAGGAAGCAAGUGGAUGCCCUGGGGCUGAGAGGAAUCUUCUGGUGCACUCUUAUUUUGAAAAGGGGCCAUUGACAUUUAGGGAUGUGGCCAUAGAAUUCUCUCUGGAGGAGAGGCAAUGCCUGGACACUGCUCAGUGGGAUUUGUAUAGGAAAGUGAUGUUAGAGAACUACAGAAACCUGUCCUUCUUGGGUAUUGCUGUCACGAAGCCAGACCUGGUCACCUGUCUGGAGCAAGGAAAAGAGUCCUGGAAUAUAAAGAGUCAUGAGAUGGUAGCCAAACCCCCAGUUAUAUGUUCUCAUUUUGCCCAAGACCUUUGGCCAGAGCAGUACAUUAAAAAUCCUUUUCAAGAAGUGAUACUGAAAAAAUGUGGAAAAUGUGGACAUGAGAAUUUACAGUUACAAAAAGGCUAUAAAACUGUGGGUGAGUGUGAGGUGCACAAAGAAGAUGAUAACAAAUUAAACCAGUGUUUGAUAACUACCCAGAGAAACAUAUUUCAAUGUGAUCCAUAUGCAAAAUUCUUUCAUAAACUUUCAAAUUCGAACAGAUAUAAGAUAAGACAUAUGGGAAAGAAACCUAUCAAAUGUAAAAAGUGUGAGAAAUCAUUUUGCAUGCUCUUACACCUAAGUCAACAUAAAAGAUUUCAUAUUGCAGAAAAUUCCUACCAAUGUAAAGAUUGUGGCAAAGCCUUCAACUGGUUCUCAAUUCUUACUGAACACAGGAGAAUUCAUACUGGAGAGAAACCCUACAAAUACGAAGAAUGUGACAAAGCUUUUCAUCAAUCCUCAACCCUAACUGCCCAUAAGAUAACUCAUGCUGGAGAGAAACCCUACAAGUGUGAAGAAUGUGACAAAGCUUUUGACCAAUUCUCAUACCUUAAGAAACAUAAGAUAAGUCAUACUGGAGAGAAAUUCUACAAAUGUGAAGAAUGUGGCAAAGGCUUUAACUGGCCCUCAUACCUAAUUGCACAUCAGAUAAUUCAUACUGGGGAGAAGCCCUACAACUGUGAAGAUUGUGGCAAAGCCUUUUACCAGUCCUCAACUCUUACUAAACAUAAGAAAAUUCAUACUGGAGAGAAACCCUACAAAUGUGAAGAAUGUGGGAAAGAAUUUAAAUGGUCCUCACAACUUACUACACAUAAGAUAAUUCAUACUGGAGAGAAACCGUACAGAUGUGAAGAAUGUGGGAAAGCCUUUAACCAGUCUUCAAACCUCACUACACAUAAAAGAAUUCAUACUGGAGAGAAACCCUACAAAUGUGAAGAACGUGGCAAAGAUUUUCACAAAUCCUCAAACCUAACUGCCCAUAAGAAAACUCAUGCUGGAGAGAAACCCUACAAAUGUGAAGAUUGUGGCAAAACCUUUAACUGGUCCUCAGCUCUUACUAAACAUAAAAAAAAUCAUACUGGAGAGAAACCCUACAAAUGUGAAGAAUGUGGCAAAGACUUUAACUUGUCCUCACAACUGACUGCACAUAAGAUAACUCAUACUGGAGAGAAGCCCUACAAAUGUGAAGAUUGUGGCAAAGCCUUUAACCACUCCUCAACUCUUACUGCACAUAAGAGAAUUCAUACUGGAGAGAAACCCUACAAAUGUGAAAAAUGUGGCAAAGCGUUUAACCAGUCCUCAAUUCUUUCUAAACAAGAUAAUUCAUACUGGAGAGAAAUUCUACAAACCAGAAAGAUGUGA